AUGAACUACAUCUACUCCACGGUCAACACCCUGCGUGACCGGUACACGCCCGUCUCGCACACGUCCACCUUUCGGCAGACGGGCCAGAUCACGCCCGAGGAGUUUGUCGCCGCCGGCGACUACCUCGUAUACAAGUUCCCGACGUGGGCGUGGGGCGACGCUGACGACGCGAGCCGCCGCGUCGCCUACCUGCCCGAGGGCAAACAGUACCUCGUCACCCGCAACGUGCCGUGUGACCGCCGUCUCAACGACGACUUUGCCGGCGACGCGGGCCACGAGGAAUCGGUCGUCCACGACGGCUUCAAGUCGGGCGCCGCGGGCGCGGACGAGGACGGCGGCUGGCUGCGGACGGGCGGCCUGGCCAGCUCGCAGCCGCUCAAGGCGCGGGAUGUGCGCACGGUGGACGACGCGGGCAACGUGGGCGUGGCGGAUGACGAGGAGGAUGAUAUUCCGGACAUGGAGGAUGAGGAUGACGACGAGGCUAUUAUCCGUGACGCCGGAGACGGCGCUCAAAAGAGCGGCCGACGCACAUAUACCCUCUACAUCAUGUACACGCCGUAUUACCGCACGCCGCGUCUCUACCUCUCCGGCUACCAGACGAGCGGGCAGCCCCUGCCACCGCAGGACAUGAUGGACGACAUUGUAGGCGACUACAAAGACAAGACCGUCACCCUUGAAGACUUUCCCUUUUUCGCCCACAACAUCAAGAUGGCGUCUGUGCAUCCCUGCAAGCACGCCUCGGUCAUGAAGACGCUGCUGGACCGUGCCGACGCCGCGCUGCGCAUCCGCCGCGACAAGAUGCGCGCCGCGGCCGCCAAGGGCGAGCAGCAGACGGCCACGACGCCGGCCGGCAUGGAGGGCCUGGUGGACGAGAUUGGCCGGCUGGACGUCAAGGGCGCGCAAGAGGCGGCGGACAAGGACGAGUGGGAAGAGGUGCAGCAGACGGAGGCGGUAGACGAGAAUGAGGUGGCCAUUCGCGUGGAUCAGUAUCUCGUCGUCUUUCUCAAGUUCAUGGCGAGCGUCACGCCAGGUAUCGAGCACGACUUUACUAUGGGCGUAUAA